GAGGAAGCUGCGCCCUCCCUCUCUCCAUCCCUUCCCCUUCGUCCCUCCCGGUGCUGGCGGCGGCUCCUCCCUCGGCGUGCGAGCCGCAGCCGCCUGGGAGCGGGGCAGAGGGGCGGCGCGGCGCCGAGCGAGGCCCGCUGUGGUGGUGGUGGUGGCGGCGGCGGCGGCGGCGGCAGGAGGAGGAGGAGGAGGAAGAAGAAGAGGAGGAGGAGGAGGAGCGGGAGCUGCGGACCGGCGCCUCCCCGCAGCCCCGCCGCUGGGCCCCGCCGGCUCCCCCCAUGCCCGUGUGGUGCUGCCGCUGCUCCUUGGCCGGUCCCGUCAGAAAUUACAGCGGCCCUGAAACUGAAGGACAGCUUUUGAAUUCCUUCGUCCAGUAUUUUGGUGACAGCCUUGGGAGGAAAAUUAAAAGAAUGCCUUUAAUAGAAGAAACUGUUCUGCCUGGGGACUCUCUCCUUACUCUGCCUGUAGUAGUAAUAGGGAAUGGACCAUCAGGAAUUUGUCUUUCGUACCUGCUGUCUGGAUACAGGCCGUAUUUGUCUCCGGAAGCUGUACAUCCAAACCCCAUUCUACAUACAAAACUAGAAGAAGCACGACAUCUUUCCAUUGUUGAUCAAGAUCUAGAGUACCUGUCUGAAGGCCUUGAAGGACGCUCUUCAAACCCAGUUGCUGUGCUUUUUGAUACACUGCUUCAUCCUGAUGCUGACUUUGGGUAUGACUACCCACCAGUUUUGCACUGGAAGCUAGAGCAACAUAAUUAUAUUCCCCAUAUAGUGCUUGGUAAAGGACCACCUGGUGGGGCUUGGCAUUCCAUGGAAGGCUCUAUGCUAACAAUCAGUUUUGGAGACUGGAUGGAACUUCCCGGACUCACCUUUAAGGAAUGGGCAGCUAGCAAGCGCAGAAACAUAAAGAGUGACCGUGUAAUGCCAGAAGAAAUUGCUUGCUAUUAUAAACACUAUGUUAAAGUUAUGGGCCUCCAGAAAAACUUCAGAGACAAUGUUUAUAUAACAUCAGUAUCCAGACUUUACCGAGGAGAGGAUGAUGAAGACAGAAGUCAACUAAGUGAAGGUAUUUCAACGCAGCAUUUGGAAAUGAAAGAUGGACAGAAAUCACUGAUCAAGCGAAACUGGGAAGUCAGAGGUUAUCAGCGAGCGACAGAUGGUUCUCAUGUGCCCUUCUGCCUCUUUGCUGAGAAUGUGGCUCUUGCCACUGGAAGCUUUGAUUCUCCUGGCCGACUACAAGUUGAAGGAGAAGACUUUCCUUUUGUGCUUCAUUCCAUGUCUGACUUUGGGGCUGCUAUCAGCAAAGGAAAGCUACGUGGGAAAGCAGACCCUGUAUUAAUUGUGGGUGCCGGACUUACAGCAGCUGAUGCAGUACUGUGUGCCUACAACAACAACAUCCCAGUAAUUCAUGUGUUUCGUAGAAGAGUUACUGAUACAAGCCUGAUUUUCAAACAGCUGCCUAAAAAGCUUUACCCUGAAUACCAUAAGGUCUAUCAUAUGAUGUGUACUCAGUCACACACUGUGGACUCUAAUCUGCAUUCUGCUUACACUAGUUUCCCUGAACACAAUGUACUUUCCUUCAAGCCUGAAAUGAAAUGUGUUCUUCAGAGUGCCUCUGGACUGAAGAAAAUUCUGAAGUUUUCUGUAGCCUUAGUUCUGAUAGGUUCUCAUCCAAACCUUUUCUUUCUAAAGGACCAAGGACAUAGCAUAGGUCAUCACUCAAAUCAGCCCAUCACAUGCAAGGGGAAUCCUAUAGAGAUCGAUCCAUAUACUUAUGAAUGCACUAAAGAAGCAAACCUCUUUGCUUUAGGUCCUCUGGUUGGAGACAACUUUGUACGGUUUUUAAAAGGAGGUGCAUUGGGCAUUGCACGAUGCUUGGCAAUAAGACAAAAGAAGAAACAUGAAUUGAUUGAAAGUGGGGAUGGAGGAGGUGAUGGGGUACCUUAAAUAAGGCAUUAGAAACUUUCACAUAUGAAAUUAGACGUAGUCUAACAAAAUACUGACAGCAAAAGUUGUUAGCAGGCAUAUUUCUGUAUACAAGUAACCUGUACUUGUAUUGUUUGGUAAAGGAUGCUAAUACCACUAUACUUCCUUUUCAAAAUACAAAAAUUUGAUCUGCUGUUACAACUGAUCUCUACUCUACUGGAAUUACUUCCAGAGAAACAGAAAAUGAGACUAACUUCUAUUGACCUGCCUGUCAUCUCUUGCUCAGCUUGAAAGAGCAGACUUCCUCUGGGAAAAAGCAAUGCAUGCCAGAGUGGGUUUAUCUUGUAGUGUCAAACCUGACAAAAUAUUCUUAUCCUGAAAUUAAGAUUUUUUUUUAAAAAAGCAGAAGACUCUUAGUACAAAGUGAUUCUUGGUCCCAAAGCAAAUUUGGAGCCUUCUGUUUGAAGUGAGGAUUUUAUUUAUUUGCCACAGUAAUACAGUAAUGCUUGGAAGGAGCACUUAGUAAAAUGGUCUUUACUAUAUGAAGGAUUUCUCUAAGCAGAGAAGUAUUGGUCAAGAGUUCCAAAUUAUUCAACUUGUAAAUUGGAAUAAAAGAACAGGCAUUCCAGUUUAAUCUUCAGUGCAUGAUUUGACGAUUCAUUCAUGUUUUUUCACACUAUGUCUAGAUUUUGGUGAGUGCAGAAAGACUAUGACAUGAGUGUUCCCCUUCAGUGAUGUGUAUGUUCUGAGAAUACUCAUCAACAUAACCAAUAAAGUACUGAUACAAGUGCUCUUAUUACAGUGUCAAUAUAAUGAAUAGUGUACUACUGAAAAAGAAAUCUAAGUACAUGAGAAAGCUUUUCAUUUUUUUCCUUUUAGCUCAGGAAGACUGAAUGGGAUCACUUGAGUGAUGAAGGUGGGUGGUAGUUAUUAGUGACUCCCAUUUGGCCAAGUACUGGUUGUUUUUUCCUCCUAGAUCAGCACGUAACACAAACUAUUUUGGUCUGCAGUUUUUUGUUGUUGUUUUUUUUUUUUUUAAAUGUCAUGGAAAAGGAUUAUACUUGCAGCCAGCUUAAAGAAAAAAACAUAGUUCAUAUAAAAUAUUAGUUUGCUAUAAAAUACAAAGAUUUAACAGGUACCUACCUCUGAAGUUUUGCGUUUCUGCACCAUAAUGUAAGGCCUGGAUUUUUGUUUAUCUAAACACACUCUAGGGUUAUUGGCUGUAGCAAGGUAAGCAACAGCCAGUUAGAGAAUUAUCAUCCAGAACUCUCAGUAGAUUAAGUGCUUGGUUUUGAUUCAUUACCACGUGCUUUAAUUCAGGUUCAGUGUGUCGAAUAGAUGGUACUACAUUUAGUUUUUCAUUUGGUUUUCAUUCUGUGUUGAAGAAUAUCACAUUAGUUUAAGAUACUGUAUUUGCAUGAUUAAAAUUUCCAUGUUAGAACUUGAGCAGAUUUUAAAAGGAAAUAAGUCUUAGGUUAGACUUCGUGAAACUCCUAGUGCUUGCUGGUAUCCCAGCUUAUUUUCCCAAGUUGUAGAUACCAUAUGCAACAAAUGCCUGUGCUCUGUGCCAACUGAGUUAUUAUUGGGUUCUGUGACUACUGCUGGCUUUUAUGUGUCUAAGGUAAUCAGACUUGCACAGACUUCAGCUGACAAGGCUAAGUAUGCAAAGAUUAAAAUGACUUUUUUUUUUAAUGGAAGGCAAAAGUUAUUUAUGAAAUGAUGCUACUACUGAUAAAUUCUAGUUUAGAGCCAACUGAAUUGCAUAAAUGCAAACAUAAGGAAGGCAGGCUUUAUUUUCUGCAUUGUCUACAAGGUUGAAUUUAACCAUAUAUCUUGAGUAGUUAGGGUUUUUUUUAUGCUGAUUUGAGCUGGCUUUAAUUAUGCUAAAUCCUAGGCUUAUUUAUAAAUGAAUUGAAAUUCUAUAAUUAGCCUUCUUUAGCAGAAACUGUACGUAUAUAUAAAUCUGUCCUAAACCUGUGAUACCUAAUCAUUUUAACUGAGAAUUGGUGUUGCAAGUGAUAAAUACUUGAUUAUAGAACUUUAUUGCAAUUAAUAUAUUGGGAAUACAUCUGCACUGUGAUUAAAUUCCUUCAGUUUUUGUAUAAAUAUAAAUUUCUAAAUGCGGCAUAUUGCAGCAUGUUAGAGCGCGUCCCUUUGUCACCUGAAACAAAAUGCCAACAAUGCAAGGGAAGCGAGGAAGGAAGAGGUCCAAACAGACAGAUCUCUAGCCUCAGCUGCUGCAGCUAUUUAUGGGCUGUGCUCAUGGCAGAGACAAACAUGGUGAGAGAUUUUUGUCCUGCCCAUUGUACAGGUAACUUUCACAGCAGCAUUACAACACCUUGAGUUUUAACUGCUUUCCUCUUUUUGUCAGCCUUCUCAGCAUCUCUGAGAUAAGAUAGUAAGACACGUUAGCUGGGCAGAGCAAUUUUCUCGGUGGUCAUGUUUAUCAGGCUGCCAGUAUAAAAACACUUUUGACUGAAGCUGUACUAAAAAGUCAUCCUGUUUCUUCUAGGAAUUGCUAGUUUUCAAGUUGCAGGUGGGCUUUCUGACAUUUGGGUUUCUGACUGUCUGGGAGGUGUUUCCAUUUCUCUCCACUUAGGUAUGGAAUAAGACGUAAAAAUUAACUUUUAUCUUGGUUAGGAUAGCUUUACCUUAAGAUAGUUUUACCUAAAGCGUUAUGAUAAUUACUGUAUUUAUUAUGGAUUAGGUGUUGGCACUGGAUAGCUCUUUUGGGGAAACGUGUUGUUUCUCAUAUUUCAAUAUAUAUAUAUAUAUUUGAAUUUCCUUUAUGCUGUAAUAGUUCCCAAAAGGGAAACUGUGCUUCCUUCAGCUCUUCUUUCAGUGAGAAAGAUAAGCUUUCAAAUAAUCUGCAACUACGAAGGAUGCUUACUACUUCAGCUUUAUUACUGAUACAUGGGAAGAAUAUAACUUUUAACUAAAAGACUUUUAUUUGGAUUUACAGAAUUUGUAAAGGUAUGUUAGCCAUACUGUGUACUUUGUAAUAGGCUAAUGGGAAAAUAUCUUUAGUAGUUGUAAUUUUGGUUCUUAAUGCUGAAUGCAUCUCCUAACUAAAUUAUUGAGAUUAUUUUAAUUAGUAUCCAGCUGUGUUGGACUGGGGCUAAGGCAUAGUUGAUUUCCCUAACAAUCUAUCUAGGAUGUAAUUGCUUAAAAAUAGGCAGCUCCUAAUGGAGGCACCUAACUGUGGUAAGAAAUGGCACAGCUUUUGGCAUCUGGUUGACCUCUUCUUAAAGCAUUUUCCACAAAAGCGUGGCUUCAUUUUGCUCUGCUGAAUCAGUGCAGGAGUCCUGCAAGUGAGUCCGCAGAGUGCUGGCAGUAACGUCUGCCUGUUUCAGCUCUUAAGUAGAUGCAUUGCCUGGAGCUCGCAAAUGGGCUUGCCAAGAGAAAGCAUAGGACCCAGGUGUAUAGGCUCCAGAAAUGGGGCCGAUACAUUGAGUAAGGGACACCAAAGAGCAUCCCACAGCCAUGGGUCCCCAGCAGUGCAGGAGUUGUCAGGGUAUGCCAUGCUUCCCUUCUGGCCUGCUGUGUAGGCGCCUCUUUAAUGAUUAAUCUGUGUGAUGGUUGCCUAACAAAACAUCAGUUCUGUAAAAGGAAGUGGCUGUAGGUUGUCUUGCAGCUUGAGAAUGGGGGACAAAGGGUGAGAGCCAGGAAACUGGAGUCUGAUUUCUUCCAGCUCUGAAUAAGGCCCAGACUUUGAGGCAGGCCUUACUUGCACAGCCAGUGGAAGGGGAGGAAAGGAAUUAACCUCAUGAAAACCUGUUUUAGGCAAGCUGUUCUUGAGAGAGAAAUAAAGGGUGUAAAAUCUGCUAACUUCUAAUGAGUCCUCUCUAAUAACAAGUAAUGACCAUCGAGGAAUGAUGGCAGGAAAACAGUAAAGAAUACAGUCAAUAUUAACUGAAAAACUACGUGCCAAAGCAAGCCCCUGUAGUACUCACAGGCUCUUGGUCUCCUCCCAUCCUCUUCUGUCAAGAUAGGCAAGCUGUGGCAUUCAGCUGGAGUUGUGCUGGACUUGUUAGUCUCACCUGUUGUCAUACGUUUUUAAUGGGCUGUUAAGGGAGGUUGUGCUGAAGUACAACAUGUGGUAAGGUGAUGUGUGAACAGAUGAGUCUUGGUUGUUCUGAUACAAUGCCACUUCUCCCUUUACUCCUUGCCCGACCUGAGAGAAAAUCCAUGCUUUGUUUGAGAUGACCAUAAUACAUGUUCUAUUUAGCAGAAACAAUGAAAACUGAUUUAUUUUUUUUUUGACAGAAGGAAAGGCUUUGGUGACAACUGGAGUGACAAAUUUGAAGUUAGAUGAUGCAUUAUAAAUGCCUGUUUUUCUGAAAGACAAUAUUGUCUUUUGGGGAAUAUAGUACACUCCUGGGGUGUUGGAGUUCAGCUAAUUCCCAAAGCUUGAAUUGCACUAGGAAGUGUGGGACCACAGAUUUAGUGCAAGGAAUGAGGAUUGGGAGGGGCUACGGUGUACUUUAGUAAUUAUAGCGAGUCUAAGCACUCUUCUGAAGAUGGCUUUGUCUUUGUAGACAAUGUGGAAAGUUUCAGCUCAAGCAGGCAUAUUACCCUGAACUUGACUUCACGUUACAUCCAUCUACACGUUGGGUGACUUUCCAACAAAUACUAUUUUGUGCUCAUAGGGCAUAUUAGCCCAACUUUUAGAACCUGGUGACCAUAGUAGUCAUCAAAACCAAGAGCGGAAAAAAAAAGACUCUUCAUAUUCUUAGCUCUCCUAUUAUUUUGAAUCAACUUGUUCUGGAAAUUAAUUUCAUCAAAUUUGCAUUUUCUUCCUCUCUUCAUUAUGAGAUCACUAGCAAUGUGCGUGCAUCAGCCUGCAUUGUCUACAGUGGAUGCUCCAAAGUGAAAUUCAGCUUUGUUCCUGGACACCCUCUGCAGACCUCUAUGCCAGCAUAAAGCCAAUGAAAACAUAACAAGCCUAGUUCACAAAAUAUUACAGAAACCCAGCUUUUUUUUUUUUUUUUUUUUUUUUAAACAGGUAUAUAAAGAAGUUGCCCACAAUCUAAAGCUAGAGACAAGGAGCUGAUAGAUUUAGUAGACUUCUGAGGGUUGCUCUGCGCAGAGGGAAGUGAUUCAUUUUUAACUUCUAAUUCUAGGACCAGCUUCUAUGUGAGCACAGAUAAUCCUUUUUGAGAACUGAUCCUGUUACCUUUUAUCUGCUUGGCAAAAUUUGGAAAGUCCGUACUCCAGCCUUGCCCAUUGCUGUUGGUUCUGGUAUUCUGGUUGUCGAAUUGCAGUUCUGAACGAGCUAACCUUUCAUGUUCACCCACCCCUAUUUUUUUGCUUGCACAUGGUGCAUCUGGAGCUUCAGGUACUAAGUAAACAUUUCCAUGUGUCACACCUCACUAUUUCUGCUUUUGUUGAAGUAUGUUUGGGUCAUCCCCUUUUUCAGAUGAUCAGUGUAAACAGCUUGUAGAGAAUAUCUGCUGUCAGCUUAAUAUAUUCUCCUUUUGAACUGUAAGCAAAACCUCAGCCUUGAUUAGAUGAUAAAACCUACCUGAGGCAUGCAUGUGCAGCUUGUUUUAUAUUCAUGUGUGAAAACUGAUGACAGAUCAAAGGCUAAAGGAAUAACGCGGGAAGAGUUUCAGCUGAAAGAAGUCAAUUACUGGCCCAGAGAAGUGGGGAACUCUUACCUUGGAGGGGAGGGGGAGAAAAACUAUGGGGAGGCAAAGGUCUUCAGAGUGCUGUAGUGUUCAGGAAGGGGGAUUUUUGUAUGGAUCUGGUGCUGUAGCCGAUGCUUGAGAGAGAUUUCAGUGGUCAAAGCUGGGGCAGAAUUAUGCGAGCAGAGUGCUAAAGCAAGUGGCAGGGCAAGUGGCUGGUUGGGGAGAUAGGGAAAUGGCUGGCAAAAAUCAGAUUUACCUCACUAGAAUUUGGUGGUCAUCAAAAACGUGUAUGAAGAGGAGUGAGGAAUACAAUGGUAGGGCAGCUGAUGCAGGUUUUGCCACGUUUGGAGUAGGUUUGAAGAUACCAGCACAACCAGGAUGCAGUCAGAAGUAGCCAAACACUGGAUGUGGCCAAAUGUGGUUGUGGGUAGAUUCAGGAGCUUGAAUGGAGCAAGAGAAGGGCAAGUUGUAUGGGAGGGAAAGCGAUGGGGAAGAGACAGCAUAAUCAUCAAGGACAAAGAGCUUUCUGUACACAAUGGGCUGAUGUUAGGAGGUCUGGGUGAGGGUGGAGGUAGGUCUAAUAACUGACACACCAGGUGAAGUCGGUGUAGGGGCUUCUACAUGUGUAACAUGGCAAAGGACUGGAGGUCAGCAGACAGGACACAGAAGCUGAUGACAAACACAUUUUUAGAUUAUAGGAAUUAGUGCAAUGGCACAGGAAAGGCCAGCCCUGCCACCCACCCUGAUGCACCAGCCCUGAGAGAAGACUGGCAGUAAGUGUAGGAUGAAAGGGGGGAGAUUCUCACAGGUGUGAGAGGUCAAAAAUGGAGCAUAAUCUUCAACAAUGAGAAGGAAAAUACGUUGGUAGUCUUGUCAAAAAAAAAAAAAAAAGCUUCCCCAGAUGAUGGGGGGAAAAGACAGGAAAUCAGCUGAAACUGAUGCAAGCUAAAGCUGAGGAUGUUGUUUCUGCACAGAAACAGCAUCUGUCCUCUCUUUCCAGUGGUGCAUGAGGUAAUUUAACCUGCUUGAAACUUUGUUCAGCUAAGCUGAUGGAUGCAAGACUGUACUUUAAAAGCCUUGCUAAUAAAAAGUGUAUUUAGUUUGUA